AAAAAAAAAAAGAAGUUCCAAAGGUGACGUGCGAGGAGAACCGACCAGCUGCCAAUGGGCGUGCGCGUUUCAGGCGGCCAAUGGGAGGAGGCGUCUCGGCGGGGGACGUAGUGGCUGUCCGCAGGGGCGGGGUGGGGUCCGGGUUCGAGCUCUUGUCCCCCGGGAAGGGUGAGUCUGGACGCGGGCGCGGAAGGGGCGCGGCCGAAGGUCCUCAGGAAGGAGGCGCGGGGACUGGCUGCGCUAGACAGGCUGCACUUGGAUGGGAGCACCUGGUACCUCGGCACUGCCCCGAUGCCGGGGUCUGUGCUGAAUGUGUAAUAUGCAGAACUAUAUUGAAACAUUACAACCAUCUUUUGAUGGCAACACCCUGAGGACCUCCCUUUUCCAGAUGGGGAAACUGAGGCCCAGAAUUGCCAAGUGGCUUGCUUGAGUUGACACAGGGAGCUCCAGGACUCGCCUUCAGCUGAGCCACCUGCUGGGAGCAUGCCUCUGCGCCAUCGGGGGACGACCAGGGGCAGCAAGCCCGUUGGGGAUGGAGCCCAGCCCAUGGCUGCCAUGGGAGGCCUGAAGGUGCUUCUGCACUGGGCUGGUCCAGGCGGCGGAGAGCCCUGGGUCACUUUCAGCGAGUCAUCGCUGACAGCUGAGGAAGUCUGCAUCCACAUCGCACAUAAAGUCGGUAUCACUCCUCCUUGUUUCAAUCUCUUCGCCCUCUUCGAUGCUCAGGCCCAAGUCUGGUUGCCCCCAAACCACAUCCUAGAGAUCCCCAGAGACGCAAGCCUGAUGCUGUAUUUCCGCAUGAGGUUUUAUUUCCGGAACUGGCAUGGCAUGAAUCCUCAGGAGCCGGCUGUGUACCGUUGUGGGCCCCCAGGAACCGAGGCAUCCUCAGAUCAGACAGCACAGGGGAUGCAACUCCUGGACCCAGCCUCAUUUGAGUACCUCUUUGAGCAGGGCAAGCAUGAGUUUGUGAAUGACGUGGCAUCACUGUGGGAGCUGUCGAGUGAGGAGGAGAUCCACCACUUUAAGAAUGAGAGCCUGGGCAUGGCCUUUCUGCACCUCUGUCACCUCGCUCUCCGCCGUGGCGUCCCCCUGGAGGAGGUGGCCAAGAAGACCAGCUUCAAGGACUGUAUCCCGCUCUCCUUCCGUCGGCAGAUCCGGCAGCACAGCGCCCUGACCCGGCUGCGCCUUCGGAACGUCUUCCGCAGGUUCCUGCAGGACUUCCAGCCGGACAGGCUCUCCCAGCAGAUGGUCAUGGUCAAAUACCUGGCCACACUCGAACGGCUGGCACCCCGCUUUGGCACAGAGCGUGUGCCCGUGUGCCACCUGAGGCUGCUGGCCCAGGCAGAGGGGGAGCCCUGCUACAUCCGGGACAGUGGGGAGGCCCCUACAGACCCUGGCCCCGAGUCUGCUGCUGGACCCCCAACCCAUGAGGUGCUGGUGACAGGCACUGGUGGCAUCCAGUGGUGGCCAGUACAGGAGGAGGUGAACAAGGAGGAGGGUUCUAGUGGCGGCAGCGGCAGGAACCCCCAAGCCAGCCUGUCUGGGAAGAAGGCCAAGGCUCACAAGGCAAUCGGCCAGCCGGCGGACAGGCUGCGGGAGCCACUGUGGGCCUACUUCUGCGACUUCCGGGACAUCACCCACGUGGUGCUGAAAGAGUGCUGUGUCAGCAUCCACCGGCAGGACAACAAGUGCCUGGAGCUGAGCCUGCCUUCCCGGGCUGCGGCGCUGUCCUUCGUGUCGCUGGUGGACGGCUAUUUCCGCCUGACGGCCGACUCCAGCCACUACCUGUGCCACGAGGUGGCUCCCCCACGGCUGGUGAUGAGCAUCCAGGAUGGGAUCCACGGACCCCUGCUGGAGCCGUUUGUGCAGGCCAAGCUGCGGCCCGAGGACGGCCUGUACCUCAUUCAGUGGAGCACCAGCCACCCCUACCGCCUGAUCCUCACAGUGGCCCAGUGUAGCCAGGCACCAGACGGCACACAGAGCUUGCGGCUCCGGAAGUUCCCCAUUGAGCAGCAGGCCGGGGCCUUUGUGCUGGAGGGCUGGGGCCGGUCCUUCCCCAGCGUUCGGGAACUUGGGGCCGCCUUGCAGGGCUGCUUGCUGAGGGCCGGGGACGACUGCUUCUCUCUGCGUCGCUGUUGCCUGCCCCAACCAGGAGAAACCUCCAACCUCAUCAUCAUGCGGGGGGCUCGGGCCAGCACCAGGACACUCAACCUCAGCCAGCUCAGCUUCCACCGGGUUGACCAGAAGGAGAUCACCCAGCUGUCCCACUUGGGCCAGGGCACAAGGACCAACGUGUACGAGGGCCGCCUGCGAGUGGAGGGCAGUGGGGACCCUGAGGAGGGCAAGAUGGACAACGAGGACCCCCUCGUGCCUGGAAGGGACCGUGGGCAGGAGCUACGAGUGGUGCUCAAAGUGCUGGACCCGAGUCACCAUGACAUCGCCCUGGUGAGCGGCAGGGCCAGGCCUGGGGGGUCUGGAGGAGAAACCUCCAACCUCAUCAUCAUGCGGGGGGCUCGGGCCAGCACCAGGACACUCAACCUCAGCCAGCUCAGCUUCCACCGGGUUGACCAGAAGGAGAUCACCCAGUCCACUAUGUCCGGCCCACCUUUCUCUCUUGAACUUCAACUUCCUCCAUGCCCCACACCACCUGGACCCCAAUGCCCUCAUCCACCACUGCCUUUGCUGCAUUCCGCAUUUCUUCUCUCCCCAAACUCACUUUCAACCCUGACCAAACUCCACCCACACUUCUGCCCUGACACCUCCCCAGCCACAUGCCAAGUCCCUCCCUGGCCUCUCCUCCAAUUCCCUGCCAUCCAGAGGGCAGAAGCAGGCAGGUCACCCCAGAGCAGCUGUGUCUUUGCAGAUAUCAUGGUGACAGAGUACGUGGAGCACGGACCCCUGGACGUGUGGCUGCGGAGGGAGCGGGGCCAUGUGCCCAUGGCUUGGAAGAUGGUGGUGGCCCAGCAGCUAGCCAGCGCCCUCAGCUACCUGGAGAACAAGAACCUGGUACAUGGUAAUGUGUGUGGCCGGAACAUCCUGCUGGCUCGGCUGGGGCUGGCAGAGGGCACGAGCCCCUUCAUCAAGCUGAGUGAUCCCGGCGUGGGCCUCGGCGCCCUCUCCAGGGAAGAGCGGGUGGAGCGGAUCCCCUGGAUGGCCCCCGAAUGCCUCCCGGGUGGGCCCAACAGCCUGAGCAUUGCCAUGGACAAGUGGGGGUUUGGUGCCACCCUUCUGGAGAUCUGCUUUGAUGGAGAGACCCCGCUGCAGAGCCGCAGCUCCUCCGAGAAGGAGCAUUUCUACCAGAGGCAGCACCGGCUGCCCGAGCCCUCCUGCCCAGAGCUGGCCACACUCACCAGCCAGUGUCUGACCUAUGAGCCAACCCAGAGGCCUUCAUUCCGCACCAUCCUGCGUGACCUCACCCGGCUGCAGCCCCACAAUCUUGCUGAUGUCUUGAUUGUGAACCCGGACUCAUCGGCGUCAGACCCUACGGUUUUCCACAAGCGCUAUUUGAAAAAGAUCCGAGAUCUGGGCGAGGGUCACUUCGGCAAGGUCAGUUUGUACUGCUACGAUCCGACCAACGACGGCACUGGCGAGAUGGUGGCGGUGAAAGCCCUUAAGGCAGACUGCGGCCCCCAGCACCGCUCGGGCUGGAAGCAGGAGAUUGAGAUUCUGCGCACGCUCUAUCACGAGCACAUCGUCAAGUACAAGGGCCGCUGCGAGGACCAAGGCGAGAAGUCGCUGCAGCUGGUCAUGGAGUACGUGCCCCUGGGCAGCCUCCGAGACUACCUGCCCCGGCACAGCGUCGGGCUGGCCCAGCUGCUGCUCUUCGCCCAGCAGAUCUGCGAGGGCAUGGCCUAUCUGCACGCGCAGCACUACAUCCACCGAGACCUAGCCGCGCGCAACGUGCUGCUGGACAACGACAAGCUGGUCAAGAUCGGGGACUUUGGCCUAGCCAAGGCCGUGCCCGAAGGCCACGAGUACUACCGCGUGCGCGAGGAUGGGGACAGCCCCGUGUUCUGGUAUGCCCCAGAGUGCCUGAAAGAGUAUAAGUUCUACUAUGCGUCCGAUGUCUGGUCCUUCGGGGUGACCCUGUAUGAGCUGCUGACGCACUGUGACUCCAGCCAGAGCCCCCCCACGAAAUUCCUUGAGCUCAUAGGCAUCACCCAGGGUCAGAUGACAGUUCUGAGACUCACCGAGUUGCUGGAACGAGGGGAGAGGCUGCCACGACCCGACAAAUGUCCCUGUGAGGUCUAUCAUCUCAUGAAGAACUGCUGGGAGACAGAGGCGUCCUUCCGCCCAACUUUCGAGAACCUCAUACCCAUCCUGAAGACAGUCCAUGAGAAGUACCAAGGCCAGGCCCCUUCCGUGUUCAGUGUGUGCUGAGGCACAAUGGCAGCCCUGCCUGGGAGGAUUGAACCAGGCAGUGGCUGCAGACGGGGCCUUCUGCUUCCUGCCCCAGGAUGAAACCAAGAGGGAGACGUCAACCUCACCUACACCCUGUGCCUUACUCCUGUCUGGAGACCCCACCUUUGUGAACUUACUUUUCUUCCAUGGCCGUGAACCUGACCAUGAUUUUGAAGGACCCACGAUGUGUAGGGUCACUAAUCCGGCCCUUGAACCCCCAGCUUCCAAACUUGAGGCCCACCAUUUCCACCAUCUGGUAAUAAACUCCUGUUUCCUCUGCUG